AUGGCUUCUUCUUCAUCGACCUCCGUAAGAAGAAACAAACGCAAAAGAUCAGGCUUUAUUCUCGCAUUAGCACCAUAUCGAAUGCUGACGUUUUUCGUGAAAUGUUUGUUUUCUUUGGGCACCGCCAUUCUAAUGCUAAGAAGACUGUACACUGUUGACGACGAAAACAAAAAGCAGCAGAAAAAGAAGAAUGCUAUCAAGCAGCAGACACUGAACACCAUUUCAUCCAUUAUGAAAUCAAACAAUCAGCAGCUCGUCAUCUUUUACGGCUCUCAAACUGGUACGGCUGAAGGCUAUGCUCACAGGAUUGCAAAAGACUACAAGAGAAAGUAUCAUCUGGAUGCCAUGGUUGCUUGUCUCGAUCAGUAUGACAUGAAAUAUCUCGACACAGUCCCUGGAAUUGCCGUUUUUGUUGUUGCCUCUUAUGGUGAAGGAGAGCCCACAGACAAUGCUGCUUCUUUUUACAGUCUUCUGGAUAGAUACACUGCCAAAAAUGAUCUGCCUUUCUCUCAUCUUCGUUACUGCAUAUUUGGAUUGGGAAACAGCUCUUAUCCGGUGUUCAAUGGAGCAUCCAAGACGCUGGAUAGAAGGAUGAAUCAGUUGGGUGCACAACGGCUUGGUGAAAGAGGCCAGGGAGAUGACAAUAGCUCUAUGGAAGAAGAUUUCAUGCAAUGGUCUAAUCAUGUUCUGUGGCCACAAUUGGAGAAAGCUCUGAGCUUGACAGUAGAUGCAGAUCAUAAUAAGGAUGAUGUUGCCUCCAUCUUGACAACAUACACAGUAACAGAGAUUGAGAAAUUGAAGGCAGAUUGCGUAUGUCUUGGUGAGCAAAGCUCUCCAUGUGAUAAGGCUUCAUACAGCUCGUCCAACCCAUACCUUGCUCCUGUCCAGAUUCGCAGCUUACUAGACAAUAACGAUUCCAACGAGCGACAUUGCAUGCAUAUUGAUAUCGACCUAAGUGGAUCUAAUCUCACUUAUCAAGCUGGUGAUCACAUAGCCAUGUUUCCAAUCCAUACCGAGGAAAUGGUCCAGAGAACAGCUAGCAUGUUUGGUAUUGCCGAUAAACUCGACACCGUCAUCCACAUUAUACCCACAGCAGAAAAUACAAUCGGAAAAUCAGCAUUCCCUACGCCAACUACAUACCAAACAGCUCUUCGCCGCCAUCUUGAUAUCUCUAAAGUUCCCAGCCGUCAAGAUUUGAAACUAAUCAAUGUCUUUGCUUCAUCUGCUGCUUCCAAAACACUGCUUGCUGAACUCGCUGGUGAUUUGAUUCGAUACAAAACAACUGUUGUUGAUGCACGUUUGACAUUAGUGGAGGUGUUGGAUCUAGUUUGCAAAGAAGGCGAGACCUUUAGUAGUGUUCCAUUUGCUCUUUUAAUUGACAUUUUUGCAAGACUUCAACCUCGUUUUUAUUCCAUCUCAUCCUCCAACACGGAAAAUGCGUCCUCAGCCUCCGUAACCUGUGUCACCCUUCAGUAUCAGCCCAUAAAAUCCAGCAAACGCACCGUAUACGGCAUCAACACCAACUACCUUUGGAGUGUGUAUGAGCACAGCGAGCAUAUUGAGUCUAUCUUACCCAUUCGGUACGCUGCACCAACUGAAAACAAGUUGCCUAUCUACAUCCGGGAAGCAAAUAAUUUUAAGAUGCCUCGAAACAUUUCUAUUCCCAUCAUCAUGGUCGGCCCUGGAACUGGUGUAGCACCUUUCCGAGGAUUUGUGCGUGAGCGUGCCUUCCUGAAGCAAUCAAACAAUGCCCAAGUGGGUACCACCAUCUUGUUUUUCGGCUGUCGUAACCAUCAAGACUAUCUGUACAAGGAUGAAUGGCCAUCAUUGUUCAAAACACUAGGCAAUAGUUCCAAGAUCAUCACUGCCUUUUCUAGGGAGACUGCCUCUAAAAUGUAUGUGCAGCAUCAAAUCAAGAUCCAUGGUCAAGAGGUUUGGGAUCUACUAUCUAGUCAUGGAGCCCAUUUGUAUGUUUGUGGUGACGCCAACAAGAUGGCGCGUGAUGUAUAUCGUUGUAUUAUCGAUGUAGUUAUCGAACAUGGCAGCAUGACCGAGGCAGACGCCAUCCGUUUCGUUGCUGAUCUCAAAAAGCAAAAUAGAUACCAAGAAGAUGUUUGGGCUUGA